UUCUUAAGCUUCGGUUGCGUGCAGGUGGGGAUGUCAUAUGGAGCUGCAGAAACAGACAGGGACAAUGAGUCUUCGGCUUCAUUUGAGCGUGUAAUUCUGGCUGAAAUGGAGGACGCAGAGGUCCGACAACAGAAGCUGGACAAUCAGCGUUCGCUUUUAAUCAAGAAACAACAAAGAAGAAGGGCAGAUGCCCAGAUGAUCACAGCUAAUCAUGACAUCCGUCCCAAGACACGCAAACAGAAAGCUGAGUCUGACGAUACAGCUUUAUUGAUAAGCCAAUGUCAGAGCAACAUUGCCCUCAGUGACAUGCAACCUGAGCAGAUUUAUGAAAACACGGUGGAAGAGAUUUGUUUAGGAGAACUGACCAUUUCGUCCAGGACAGAAGAGGCUUCGCAAGAGGUAGCUGAUUCUGUUCCGGUCCUCACUAAGAAAAUCAAUCUAGAGAUCAGCCCGCAGCACAGCGCUAAAUGCACUUUAGACACAGAAAGCCAAGCAGAUGGAAAAAAAACUAAGAAGAAAGGUGUGAAAAAGGGGCAAACAAAAUUACUUGAGGCCAAACCUGCAUUAGAAGGGGAGGAAAAUGAAGGGAAAGAGCAAAAACCAGUGAAGAAGAAGGAUAAGACAAAGGAAUCUAAGGAGAAAGUGAGGACAGAAGAACAGUCUUCAAUUCAGACUGAUUCAGUUGUGGAAAUCAACAUUAAUGAAGAGAAAAAACCUGAAUCAGAGAGUGAGGAUGAAAGAAAAGACUGGACAAAGAGCCCCAUCCCUCCAACACCGAAGAAAAAACAACAACUAAAACAAAUGAGAUGUCAUCUCAGUGACAGUGAGGAAGAAAAAGAGGACGAAGAGGAGGCGGACAAGAAGAGGGAAGCUAAAAAAACACCAAAGAAGUCUAAAAAAGGAACAAAAAAUAAUGACAAUAUUGCUUCUUUAAACUCCAACUGUAAAGAGCCUUCCUCCGACAGUGAUUCUUUGGACAUGGGAAAAUCCUCUCCGAUGUCUUUGGAGGAUCUGGAACAGUUUGCCAUGCAUCCUGCUCCAAGAGAUGUGACUAUUCAGUGCAGGAUCACCAGAGACAGGAGGGGAGUGGAGAAAGGCAUCUUUCCCACAUAUUACCUCCACAUGGAAAAGGAGGAUGGGAAAAGGGUCUUUCUGAUGGCUGGAAGAAAAAGAAAGAAGUGCAAAACUUCGAAUUAUUUGAUAUCAAUCGAUCCUACCGAUUUAUCCAGAGAUACUGACAGCUACAUAUGCAAACUAAGAUCAAAUGUCUUGGGGACUAAAUUCACUGUGUAUGAUAAUGGCGAGAAUCCAGAAAGGAAUCCAUUCAUUAAAGAAACGGAUACACUGCGAAAAGAGCUAGCAGCAAUAUGUUAUGAGAAAAAUGUUUUGGGUUUCAAAGGACCUAGAAAAAUGACAGUAAUUAUUCCUGGUAUGCAUGAGAAUGAUGAGAGAGUUGUUAUUCGGCCAAAAAGUGAGCUAGAGUCUCUGCUCACCCAAUAUGAGAAUGGUAACAAAGAGAAUCUUGUCACCCUUGUAAAUAAAUCACCCAGCUGGAAUGAGCAAACGCAGUCGUAUGUGCUCAAUUUCCAUGGCCGAGUUACUCAGGCAUCUGUGAAAAACUUUCAGAUUGUCCAUCCAGAUAAUGUGGACUACAUUGUGAUGCAGUUUGGGCGGGUAGCAGAAGAUGUGUUUUCCAUGGACUACAGCUUUCCCAUGUGUGCUCUCCAGGCAUUUGCCAUCACACUGUCUUCCUUUGACGGCAAACUGGCCUGUGAAUGAGCUUCAUUCAUCUGUAUUUUCUGUUUUUUGAAAAAGGGAAACUUUGCAUUCAUUUAAGAUUUGAAAUGUUCUUGCAGUCAUAAAUGAAUGAACUUUAGAUUUGAGCUGUUAUCCACAAAUGGAUAAUUGAUCUGUUUGACUAAUUAUGAAUACAAUGUAUGAAUUUCUUACAUAUUUUUUUCUCUUUUUAAUUGCUAAAUAUAAUUGUCUGUUUUCCAAGGCUGUUUAAGCAAAUCAUUUUGUUAGAUAUUUUCUUUUCAUUUCCUUUGUUUACAUGAAAAAAGCUAUUGGUCUUAUAUACGUUUAUAUUAUACAGUCACUCUUCAUAAAGUUACAUUCACCAACUUACAGACCUUCAUUAUUCUUUGCAUUUGAGAUCCGUGUGGAAUACUAUAUUUCGCCAUAGUGAAUUAAUGUAAACAUGUAUAUCUUUCCAGCGGGGGGCAGUAAAAGCCUUGGUCGUUUUUCAUACUUCCGCAAACUAAAACAGAAGAAGAAAGGGACAAAUUCGUAAAUAACUACAUCGCCCCAUUUUGAUCUCUCAGCAUAACUGAAGUUGAUCCGUAGUAUUUAUAUAUUAUCAUUCAGGCACCUCACAGCGCCCAUCAACAAUCUCCUCUGAAAGUUAUUUGUGGAAGCUGGCUGGCGUGAAAUGUGUCUUAGAAUGGAAACUCCCUCUUUUAGGAUUUGAGUUUGCAGACAGAUGUGCUACGUCUCGUAAGACAGUAACGUUUCAUCCGAGUUGGAUAUAAGAUACAUCGAGAAUGCGGGACCGGACCAAAGAGCUGGGCAAUGUGAGUACAAAGUAACUUAGGGCAGUGCACUCAGGAAACCGGCUAACGUGCUAACGGGCUAACCCACGGAAACUGCCCACUGCUGCAACUGCGAUUUAUGAACACUCACAUAUUCUCACGGGUCACUGUGACUGACUAUUUAUGUGUCUUUAUGCAGAUUGUUGAG